CGCAGGGCUCGGGUGGCGGCGGCGGCUCCCGACGCGCUCCCGCUCCGCCCCCUGCGCUGCCCGACGGGAGGUGCGAUGGCUUCCCGCAAGAGCUCCAGAGCCACCGGCGGCAGCCCCAGCCCCGGCUCCAAGAGAGGUGCCUGUGGAGAAGCCUUCCAGCAAGACUGAGGAUCAGCAGCCCAGCUAACUUUUGAAAUAUGGAUGGCUGAAAAAUGAUGGAUUACUUUGUAACCUGUGCUAGUCCAGAUCAUAAGACAGCUAUCAUUAUGCUUCUGUGUGGGUAUAUUGUGUCUUACACUAUGUAAGUGAGGAUUUACUUAAACAUAAUUUUUAUUGAAGAGAACUUGAGCAAUGCAGUUCUGAUUUGCCCCAAGCGGUUCUUUCCUGAUGAAGAUCACAAUCUGAGACUAAGCAUGGAGGAAGCAAGAAUGGAAAGAAAGAAGGCCUCUCUGGAAGCUCAUUUUUCACCUGGUUUAUGGUAAUUGCUUUGCUGGGAGUUUGGACAUCAGUAGCAGUUGUCUGGUUUGAACUUGUAGAUUAUGAAGAAGUUCUCGGCAAGCUUGGGAUAUAUGAUGCUGAUGGAGAUGGAGAUUUUGAUGUGGAAGAUGCUAAAGUAUUACUAGGCCUUAAAGAAAGAUCUGUCCCAGCACAGCCCACACCAGAAUCUGAGGAGACUGUCCAGCCUGCUGAAAAGUCAUAUGUCGAAUCAGAACACAAGACUGCUGACAUAGAAUUGGAAGAGGAAAUUCAAUCUGUUCUUCGUGAAGCUCUCCAUUCCCAUCCUGGAGAGAGGCAUGAAGAUGUAGAUGAAAGUGUAAGUGACCACUGGCAAGCAAAGGAAGAAACACAUGGGGAAACUUUUGAAGCUCCUGCAACAGAUGACAUGCUCAGAGAAUUUGAGACUGAAAUUCCAGAAGCAUAUGAGACACCAGACUCAGUUCGGAAAGAUGCUGAUCCUAUGGUGGAGGAUAUUGGAGCAGUGGAGUCUGAACCAUACGAAAUUCCAGCCUUAGAUGAUUAUGUUGCAGAUUUGGAAGAGAGAGUAAGUGAUUCAGACACUCCAGGUGACUCUGAGAUAAUGCCAGAAGAUACUAUGGAACAUUAUGCAGAGGAUAGAGUGCAUGAAGAUUAUAGUGAAGACCAAGAACCAAAACAUGAAAAGCAGACUGACACUCAAGAUACAGGAAUAGAAAGUAAGCAAACAGAAGAUGAUGUGGCCAUUGAACCAGAGGAAUCAGAGAAACCUGUUAAAGCUGAAGAUUAUUUAGAUGAUGUUCAAGUCGGGAAAAGUGAAAAAGAAACUGAACAAGACAAAACAGAACAAGCUAAAAAGAAGAAGAAGCCAAAGCUCUUAAACAAGUUUGAUAAGACCAUUAAAGCUGAACUAGAUGCUGCAGAAAAACUACGUAAAAAAGGAAAAGUUGAAGAAGCUCUAAGGGCCUUUGAAGCAUUAGUGAAUCGAUAUCCACAAAGUCCUCGAGCAAGAUAUGGGAAAGCACAGUCUGAAGAUGACUUAGCUGAGAAAAUGAGAAGCAAUGAGAUGCUGCAACAAGCUAUCAACACUUAUGAUGAGGUGGUUAGUCUGCCAAAUGUCCCUUCAGACCUGAUAAAACUGAGCUUGAAGCGAGAAGCAGACAGGCAGCAGUUCCUUGGUCGCAUGAGGGGUUCCCUGGUUACUCUACAGAAAUUAGUUCAGCUGUUUCCCAGUGAGACUUCAUUCAAGAAUGACCUUGGUGUUGGUUACCUCUUGAUAGGAGAUAACAGCAAUGCUAAGAAAGUAUAUGAAGAGGUUCUAAGUCUGGCUCCAAAUGAUGGCUUUGCCAAAGUACAUUAUGGCUUUAUCCUGAAGGCAGAAAACAAGAUAGCAGAGAGCAUACCUUAUCUACAGGAAGGACUGGAGUCUGGUGACCCUGGCACAGAUGAUGGACGUUUUUAUUUUCAUCUGGGUGACGCAUUACAGAGAAUGGGAGACAAAGAGGCAUACAAGUGGUACGAACUUGGAUACCAAAGAGGUCACUUUGCAUCAGUUUGGCAGCGCUCCCUCUACAAUGUCAAGGGACUGAAAGCUCAGCCCUGGUGGACAGCAAGGGAAACUGGGUAUACAGAACUGGUGAAGUCCUUAGAGAAAAACUGGAAGCUCAUUCGUGAUGAGGGUCUUGCUGUGAUGGAUAAAAAACAAAGCCUCUUCCUGCCUGAAGAUGAGAACCUACGGGAGAAAGGAGACUGGAGCCAGUUUACCUUAUGGCAACAAGGAAGAAAAAAUGAGAAUGCUUGUAAAAGUGUUCCGAAAACAUGUGCUUUAUUGGAAAGAUUCCCAGAAGCUACUGGCUGCAGAAGAGGACAGAUCAAAUAUUCUAUCAUGCACCCAGGGACUCAUGUCUGGCCCCACACAGGGCCCACCAAUUGUCGGCUGAGGAUGCAUUUGGGCUUGGUGAUCCCUAAGGAAGGCUGCAGAAUACGGUGUGCCCAAGAGGACAGAGACUGGGAAGAAGGGAAAGUUCUUAUUUUUGAUGACUCCUUCGAACAUGAAGUAUGGCAGGAUGCCGAAAGUUAUCGCCUGAUAUUCAUUGUGGAUGUGUGGCACCCUGAGUUAACAGCUCAACAGAGACGUACCCUUCCUGCUAUUUAGGGGGUUUCUUCUGAUGUGUGGAGCAGAGGAGUAUUAACUCCUUUGGAGUAUGAAAGUAGGAUCAAUUUAUCCAGCAUACAAAGUAUACAAGCAUUUUAAGGGUAAGAAAAGAUAAGGAUGACAUUCUACAAUCAGAGUGGACUUGGUUUAAAAGCAAAAAGAAGCCAUGUUUUGUUUCAUACUGAUACAGCACUGAUGUGUAUUGUUUUUCUGGCUGUAAGUCUGAAAACACAAGUUUUGUCAGCCAAAAAGCAAUAGAUCUGGAUUUUCAAGCUGAGGAAUGUGCAGAUGUUUUUGCCAUGCCUGUAUUUUCUUUACAAAACCAGUCAUUCAGUCACCUGCUUGACUAUGUUCAGGCGCAUGAUUUAUGAUUUUACAUCUAGGGAAUACCUCCUGGCCUUCUGUCUGGGAAGCAACAUGUAAGAUAUUUGCAAACAUAUGCACACAACUGACUUUGAAAACAGUAUGCAGGUGUAAUGUUAGCUGCUUUAGGCAUAGAACAUGUCCCUAUGUUAUCACUGUAGAUAAUGUGAAUGGAUUAUAUGUGUUUUGUACUUUUUCUAUCUGAGUAACUGUAUUUUUCUAGCUUAAUUAUGAACAAAUCUUCUUUAAUUAACCACUAUUUUUUGAAAAAGGUGAUAUGUAUACAAGUGCGUGCGUGUAUAGCUAUCAGCAGAAGGAAAACACUAUAUGAACAAAUUUCAUUUUUGCCAAGUGUGGCCUUCUUUUGCCUUCCUGGAAAUGUAAACAGCAACUUGCAUAAUAGCUGCCUAGUGAAGCUUUGUUCUUCUAAAACAGAAUAGUUCUCUUAGUUAGCAGAGGACCUUCAGUUUGACAAUGUGAUUUUGGAAAAUGUUGAGCAAAUCUGACAUUUUUAGGCUCAGAUUGUGAAGUACUUGACCAUUCUUAGGAUUAUAUGGUGAGCUGCUGUUUCUCCUCUCAUUACAAAAGCUUCUGGUAUUACAUCCUUUCUCUACCCACCCCCUCCUUCCAGGGGCUCCUCCUUGGUUGCCCUUGGGUGAUCAUUCAGAAAAAGAAAAAAUGAAAAAAAAAAAAUACUUUCUUUUGCUUUGGGCAGAAAGACAAGGUCCAACUUGGCUUCCUGCCAGAAUGCAGAGCAGACGAAGACCUUCAAGUUAUUACCUUGUAUUAACUUCCACUGCCAGCAUCCUACAGAGUGCUGGAAUGAUCCUCUAAUUGACCUAAUGGUGUUUUCCUUGUCUUGAAAUGAGUGACAUAAUGCUGAAGUAGUCUGAUCCCAGUACUGUUUACAGUGUACUCUGUAUUUGCCAUACAGAAUUUACUAUAUGAUGAAACAGCCUAUUUUCAAGAACGAAAACUAGUUAGAUGUCUAAGUAGUUGAUAGAUAUUUUGGGAGAAUGCAGGACCCUCCACUUUUAACUUCUAAGAACACUAACAGGAGACAGAGAGCAGAGAUUGCACUGCUGCUGUUUGUGGCUGGCUGUUUUCUCCUCACCCACAGCACCAGCUGGGUGUGGACAGGUGUGCUAGGAUGCUCUGGGCAUCAUUACUGAGGGUUGUGAGUGGCAAACACUAAUCAAGGAGACACUGAGAUUACUUAUUCUCUGCAGCUUUGACUUUCUUGUCCAAAAGACAUGGAGCAGUUUUUAUCUGUGUAGUACUCAGUGGCUUAUUGCUGCAGAGUCCACAUCAUGGCAUUGGAGCAUCAUGACCUGAAUGUCACAUUUGCUGAAGCAAACUGCAGAUAAGAGCUUUGCAUUCCCAUGAACUGAAUGCUUUUCAGGUUCUUUGUAUUUUACUAGGUCAUUAAAUCUUGUAAUGCCAUAUAACACAUGGUGACUGCACCAUGAAUUAGUGUGAACAGUUUCUGGAAGUGUGCACUUUAAUUUCCUUUUUUGAAUAUUAAACUGAUAAACCCUGCCUUAUCAAGAGUCACUUUUAGACAGCUAAGAUAAUUAGGUUUUAACGUGUUGUCCAUAUCAAAAAUAAGAAAGAAACUAUACACAAUGUACCAGAAAGUAACAGUUCUCAGUUAAUAAUAAUGAAAAACUGUAAAGAUUUGUAAGUUUCACAUAAUAUAAAAAUGCUUUUGGAGAUCAUUUGGAGAAUCAUGCAAAACUGGAAAUAAGGUACUUUUUGUGGGGGGUAAAAGAGUAAAAAUAUUUUUAAAAUAUCCUGUUAGCUGUCAAGUCAGAGCCUAUUUUUUAUAUCUUUUUAACGUGAUCGAGCAGUACAAAUUAUAAGGUAUUUCUCCAAAUAAAGACUGUGUGUAUAAAGAAAAAAAUCAAGAACUUCUUAAAGAAAAAUUGAUGAUUUGGGAAUGUUUUUAUUAAUGUUGCAUUUUAGUUUCUAUAGCUCAGAGUAAAUGCUAAAGGAGUGGCAAAAGCUUUGGAGCUUUAUUUAUGAAAGUCCAUGCCGUCCUUCAGAUUAUUUCAUUGUUCCUUUUUUAGGCUCAUACUUUAUCUUGUGCAAUUGCAAUUGGCAAAUAGAUAAAAUUGGCAAAUAGAUAAAAGUAAUCUCCCAAGAUGUGUGUGUGCCAGAGCAGCACUGUUUAUUAGAUUGUGUAGUGAUACAUUAGCCAUUUAAAAAUCUUAAGUGCCUCAAAUAAGACAAGGUGUUCCUGCAACACUGAAGGGAAUCUAUUCUAUGCCCAUCUGUCAGGGAGCAAAGAAUGCAUAAUUUUUUUAGAUGUAGUUACUGGAUUAGCUUUGUAUGUAGGGAGGAUACAUAGAGCAGAAAUUCUGCAGUGAAUUACUGGCAUAUUGUUUUAGGUGUUCCUGUUUGCCAAGUGGUAUUCUGUCUUGGAAAAGCUUUUUAACAUUGGAAAUGCCAUGGGAAGAAGUGAAGGGAAGUGUUUUUUACAAUGGAAAUCCAUUGCAAUUUGAUUUUUUUUUGUUAGAUUUAUUUACAGAAGGAAAUGGCAGGCAAGGGCAGUAUAGUUUGUAACACAGUAUGUACUCAUCACCAUAUUCCUCCCUUCCUGUUGUUACCUUGCUUGCACAGAAUCUGUGAAAGAGCCUAAGGUUAAAUGCUGGCUUCAUACAGUUAUAUACAAGGUAUCAUAUGUAUUUAUUCACAUCACAGUUAAAGAAAGUAAAUAAUUUAUCCUUUGCGAGGUUUGAUCCUCAAGGACUAGAUUUCAGUGGUACUUGCACUUCUUGGGCAGGACAAGACCCAAUUUAAUGAACAGUGAUUGUAACAGAUCAUUGCAAAGAUUCAGUGGCAGUGGGGGUAAGUGUAUUAACAGAGAAAAAUCACAAACCAAAGUAUUUCUUCCUCAAUGCUGCAGUAUAAUAGCAAAUGUCUGUCUUUUUUUGUCUCUUUUGGUUUUUGCUUUCUGCUUUAAGCACAUUCUCUGUACAAAUCCAAAUGCAUUUUAGUCUCUGUGAUCCCAGGAGAAGAGAAGGGAGCUGCUACCAGGCCUUGACAUCCUUGUUUCCUGUAAUAGGUGGUGAUGAUUUUGGGUGGGAGGAGGGGGGGAUGGAAGAAACCCCAAAGAUAAAUGGGCUCAGUCAUCUGAUUUUUUUUUUUAAUGUUCCUGCAAGCUUCUGCUUCUUUUUCUUACUCCUGUGUUGCCUUGCUGGGACCAUCCACAGCCUUAAAGACUCCCUUUCUGUCAUGGAGGCCAGGCUUUGUGUCAGUGACAUAUUGCUGCAGUAAGAGGUUAGUCUGAAUGAGGACAUUCUGUACGAAAACUAGUGGGUAAGUCCCAGGUGUGUCGAUAGGAUCUGGCAGGAUGUCCUUUCUGCCCUGUGCAGGCAUAAAAUAUUGUUGUAGAUAAAGGCAGUAUUUUGUUAGUCCAUCUAUUAGGGCUGGCCGUGUCCACUUGACCUAUAUCAUCACUUCAGCCUAACACUUGAGAAUUCAGUGGGUGUUCCAGUGCACAUUAAAAACCCUUGUGCCCAUUAUCAUCUCAUUUUGUAUGUAUGGUUUACACUGCUACCUUUGCUAUAUUGUUGCCAACUGCUUGUUCUAGUGAAUUGUCAAUGUAUGGCAAUUUAAUUGAAGAUUUAAAGUGUGUACAGUGAUUGUAACUGUUUUAAGAAAUAAAGUCACUGCACAUGCAAUUUGA